AUGGCAGCACCCCUAGCAGCUUUUGGCGAGUGCAAAGAACAGAAUGGAAAACACCACCGGCACGGCAGUUUCACAUCACCUUCUGCAGCGGCGACGGAACAAAAGAGCAGCACGGCCGAAGCUCCCGAGCCGCCUGCGCGGGGCUCUCGGAGCGCCACCCGCUCCGAGCCGCGCGGAGCGGCGCGCGGCACCUCGCACGGGGCGGUGCGGCUGCGGAAGGGCACGGAGGCGGCGUCCGGCCCCUCGCGGCUCGCAAAGCGCUCGCUCGCGGCUCGCCGCGCGGUUCAGGUGCUUUGCGGACUCUCCACCGCUUUGAAGUUAAAGGAGAAAGCCGCGCAGCCAGCGGCGCACCGCUGUAGUUGCAGAAGCCCAUUGAGAGCGGGCAGGUCCGCGCGCCGAACCCAGCCGCUGCCACUCCUCCAGGUGAGCUCUCCCGCACCGCGUGCCCCUGGCCCCGCCGCCCCCUCACGCCACCCCGAGGCGCGGGACCCUCUAGGUCCCGCUCGCCGGCCAAGUUCGAAGCCACGGGCAGAGAUCAACAGGCGCUCCCUCCCCUCUCCCCCCGCCCGGCCCACAUGGGACGAGAGCCCCGGUACCCCCAGGGCGAGCAGAGCCGCCGCAGUUCCCGGAACCCCGCCGCGCUGCCCCGUACCUGCAGAGGAUGGAGGCGGCCCGCUGCCUCGGCGCCCGGCUCACGCCUCAGCCGCCCAGAAAGUUUCCUGA